UAGCAAUAAUAUCAUUGUCAAUCUUUACCAAAUCACCAAACCAGCAAAUUAAAGAAGAGAAGAGACCCUGAAUGGUGCAACUUACAAAGCUCUUGUCUACUCCUAAGAAUGAGAAAAUAAAAAAUUAACUUCAAGCAUUGCCAAGAGAAUGCGGUGAUUGUGAAGCUUAUACUAAUCGUCUCAAGCGCUACUGCCACAGCUCAUUAUUUGAUGGACGCGAACAAAUCUCUUCGAAUGAAUUAAAGGCAGGCUAACUAAUAAUGGCUAUGAGUUGGUACAUGUGUGUGUAGCAAGACAUGCAUGGAGAUCGUACCCCGUCUUCAACCUACGGCUUGGUUCCAGAGUGUACUAUGAAUGUGGCCUGGUCCAGGAAUCAAUUAGUUGGAACGGACUCAAAGAUUUUACUCCACAUUUUCUGCAUUUUCUGACUCCUUCAUCACGUGGAAUUGAGCCUUAAAUUCAGAGUUCCAUCCCGGAACCCAAAGACACGAGUGUGGGGACGUCAAGGGAAUCGGUAAACUGACGUUACUAUAGGCUACAAGCAACAUGUAUACUUGGGCAAACUGAUGCGAGACAAAUAUGACGAUUUUGUGGCUCGAUCCAUUAUUGAGGAUGUUCCAUCUCUAAGGAAUGGUGUGUACGUACAAUCCACUCAGGUGCUCAGGACAAUUCUCAGUCUGUCUGCUUUUAUGUUGGGAUUUCUACCAGAUUCAACCGAGCUUCGACGAGCUACAACCGUUUACAUCUCACACGGUACACUGCUUGAAGCCCCUCCAGUUGGCAUUGAGACUGUUUAUCAACAUUGCCAUGGCUACUCUCAACUAUGGAAUGAAGAUCGUAGACAAACUGGUUACCUAACGAGUGAAAACAAAACCUGUCAGUAGCCAAAGUGUUUGAGCAACUUUCUAUCAAAGGCUGCCAUCGACCUUUGGACCCACUACCUUGUGUGAAAGACAACAGUCUGUGUGUUUCGUACCCGCAAGCUUUGGAGCUAUUCAAAUUUGCUGACUGGGCUUGGAGCAAUGGCCACCCUCUGAAGACAUCUAUCAUCACAACAAUGCCGUUUUUGACUCAUUCCAUAUUGUCUCCAAUGCAACAAGUAAUUGAGAGUUAUCAGAGAAGCAUUUCAUUGGCUGGUUCUUACAAGUUCAUGGUAUCGCUGACACACGAUGAUGCAAUCACUAAGAUGUUACCGAACCUGGGUGUGCGUGUGAGUGAAUGGAUACCUUAUGCAACUAGAGUUGUGGUUGAACUUUGAAAAAAGAAAAAUCAAGAAUCGUAUGAGGUUCGAAUGGAGAAGUGGUGACUCCACAGUGUGGUGGUUUGAGAGAGGGGAUGAAUGAUGAACUGAUUCCAUACCCAGUCUUGAAGGUGUUCCUCACCUCGGGGACACACAGAGAACUCAAGUAUUACAAUAAGAUGUGUAGAAACUACAUAGGAAUAAAAGUGACAGAGGAAAGGGAGGGGUCUAAACAAAGCCAUUUUCAUGGACAGUACAGUAGGAAAAUGGACAUACAUGAUGCUGCCAGGGCUGGUGACUUGAGUGCUUUACAAGAUGCCAUCAAGAGGGGAGAUGAUGUUAACAGUGUAGAUGAGGAUGAGUGGACUCCACUCAUGGAGGCAGCCAGUGAAGGUCACACUGACUGUGUUAGAGAGCUGCUCUCCUCAGGAGCCAUGGUGGACCUGGCUAGCAAGGAUGGGUGGACUCCACUCUAUUGGGCAGCGUAUGGAGGUCACGCUGACUGUGUUAGAGAGCUGCUCUCCUCAGGAGCCGUGGUGGACCUGGCUGACAAGGUUGGGAACACUUCACUCUAUGUGGCAGCCAGAGAAGGCCAUACUGACUGUGUUAGAGAGCUGCUCUCCUCAGGAGCCGUGGUGGACCUGGCUAACAAGGAUGGGGACACUCCACUCUAUGUGGUAGCCAGCUAUGGUCACACGGACUGUGUUAGAGAGCUGCUCUCCUCAGGAGCCGUGGUGGACCCGGCUAACAAGGAUGGGUACACUCCACUCAUGAGGGCAGCCUACUGGGGACAGGAAGAUACUGUAAGGGAGCUUCUCUUAUCAGGGGCUUCCCCUCUCUGCACUACUAAACGUGGAAAGACUGCUCUGAUGAGAGCCAAGGGAUCACGUCGCUCUAACCCUUCAAUAAUAAAACUGUUGGAGGAAGCUACUGAAUCACAUUCACGUGUUCCAGUCCUCCCAAGAAACUGGACUGUUGUCACUGACACAGAAACGAAGAAGCCAGUCUACCAGAACAAGGCAGCAGGGGAAACCCUCUCCACACCACCUGGAUAUCCCCUGCACCAAACCUCCGCACACCCUGAUGUCACUUUUUAUGACAAGCCUCAAGAGAAGGAGUUUACCUCCAGUGGUGGCCAUGCCGACUUUGAUAAUGGAGUUCAAAUGACUGUUCCAGCUAAUGCUGUCCCAGCAAGGACCUCUGUGGUCAUUAAAGUCCAACCCAGCCUUGCCUCCAAUGAUGUGUUUGUUAUGCCUGAGGGCAUUCAGUCUGCCAGUCCGUCCUACUUGAUCUCUGGUGAAGGUCUAAACGGAGAGGUGACCCUGAGGAUGGAGCAUCAUAUACGAGUGUCCACCCAACAAGAAGCUGAUGACCUCCUCUUUCUCCAAGCUGACUCGUCUCCCAAGAGAUCUGGUUCAAACAGUGUUUACGAGUACCAGGAGGUACAAAAGGGAAGGUCAGAGUUCCCUCCUGGAGGGAACACUGGGAGACUGACGCUGGGCACACGACUGAAGAACUUCUUUAAAAUUGGGAGGAGAAAAAGAGGUACAGGCAAUACUGACAGUAACCUCUACACUGUCAGAGUCUACCGGUCUCCUCCACACACAACUGGGGACAGGCUAGCCGUCAUUGUAGCCAGUCUCUGUGGGAGCUUAUAUACUAAGUUUCUGGAGACACUUGAUAAAGUGAUGAUCCCACGAGACUACCCAGAAGUGUCUUCAAAGUUAAUUGACAGGACGACUCAAGAAUCGCUGACGUUUUUUGAUAUGUGUGCCACUCUCAACAUUGACCCAGUGCAGGGAUGGUCUGUGGAACCAGACAAGGAAUUGAUUUCGCGUAGUGAAGUGGAUCAGCCUGAGAUGGAGAAAUUCAGACCUGAGGAUCUCCACAACUACCCUCCCAGGAUAAUCUGCAGGUUCUUCCCUGAUCAUGAGGAGAAUGCUCCCAAGAGAACCACCUGUACCAUCUCCUUGUCUGGACUCCUGCCACAGGUCAAAGUUCAUCUAUCAUUGAUACCCACCCCCAAAGUUGCUGUGGAUACUACUAAACUACAGGAGGCCACUGAUGAGUUGAGAAGGUCUGCCCUGGCAGUGAGUGACACACAACUUGGCUCUACUGUGAAGAGUGUAGUGUCUCUGAUGGAGAGAAUGACUGCUGCUCUGAGGGCAUCUUCUCUGAGUGAGCUGACAGGUCACACUGACUCCAUACGGACAGAGAUAAAGGCUGUCCUUGUAGUGACCAGGAGGGUUGUCGAGGAGUGCACAGUACAGAGCAUCAGUGAGAACAUGGGAGCCAGUCUGUCUAAGAUGGAGACUUUAUCUCACCAGCUUUGUAUGGUGGCUAAGGUUAAACUGAGAAACUGUCUAGACCGGUCAGAGGAGACAGUUGCUCUUGUUGACCUGGUGGAGAAUGGAGCUAAUCUGUUGAGAGCUGUGGACUGUCUACUCAGGGACAUCCACACACUCAGUGGAUUCAGCGGCCUGGCAGAGAGGAUAGACAUUGAACACCCUCUACUCAACAACGAGAUUGAGACAACAGAGUUCCUGUAUUUGGCUGCACAUUUUGACAACGUGAUAAUGUACUCUCAGAUGUUGGGACUCAAUCGUUCUCAGCAAGCUAGUGUGAGGCAGCUCCUAGUUUUAUAUGACAUGCAAACGGCCAUGAUGGAGUGCUUAUCUCUGUGGCAGAGGAGUAACCCAGCUGCUGCAACUUAUAGAACUCUUCUGAAACUACUCGUAAGAAUGAAGAAAUAUAACAUUGCGAGUGAUGUGUUUAAACAUUGCCUAGAGAAUAGUAAACUUACAUAGUACAUGCAUGCAUGUGUAGCGUAUCAUUUGUAUUUUAGGUUAGUAGAGUUUGAAUGCACGUAAUUAUUUGGAUAAUGUAAUCUGACUAUGAAUUGUGAGUCACAUUGUUAUGGUGGUUAUAUACUGUCA